GUACAUGCCAAAACAUAAUUUCGCAGAUGUGUACGCAUGCGCGUAGUCCAACAUGCCGUCUACUGGAGCUGUGUGAAAGCAAAACAAACCACGGUUAACCUAGAAAAAGUCUCAAGAUAUGUUAAUUUAUACAUUUCUUUAAGAAGUCCGGAUGACCUGAUGGUACCAACACAAUGGCAACUCCAGCUAUCCGGAUGUUUCGGCGCUUAGAGGGUCUGUUUUGUGUGUACAAACCUCCUGGUGUCCACUGGAAACUCGUCAGGGAUACCAUCGAGACAAAUCUUCUUAAAGGUUUAAGCGCUGUACCGUCCCAGCCACUUCCCCGGGAGGUCCGAUUCUUGCCACUCGAGGGCAGUAACUGUAAAGCACCCAAGGGACUCACACUGUCCGCAUCUGCUGUGUCAGUGCUGUCCAAGCAUCCUCUGGUAACUGGACCUGAAAUUCAGCAAAUCAAAGUUGGAGUAGGACAUCGCCUGGAUACGUUUUCUUCUGGUGUUUUAGUUCUUGCUGUUGGAAAUGGAAACAGGGUCCUGAAUGAUUUCUAUGGGGCACGAGUCACAAGGGAUUAUACACUGGAGGGAGAAUUUGGGACUGCAACAGAUGACUUCUCAUAUACAGGUCGUGUUGUAGAGAGGUCUACCUAUGGUCACAUCACUCAGGACAAGAUGGAAAGAGUCUUGGCGAUGCUGGAGGGAGCCAAUCAGAAUGCCUUGUUAACGUAUUCCAAUAUAGACAUGCGCUCACAAGAAGCCUAUGAGAUGGCUGUACGAGGUUUACUCGGACCAGAUGGAAAAUCGCCGCCCAUUGUGACUGGCUUGCGUUGCAUUCGCUUUCAGCCGCCAAACUUUACUUUAGAGGUGCAGUGUCUUAAUGAAACUCAGAAAUAUUUAUGCAAACUUGUGCAUGAGAUAGGUCUGGAGCUGCGCAGCACAGCAAUGUGUAAAGGAGUCAGACGGACCAGAGACGGCCCCUUUACACUGCAGGAUGCUCUGACCCGAAACCACUGGACUGCUUCUGAUGUAAAGCAGGCUAUUAAAAAUUACCACUUAUCUAAGAAAGGUAAAAAACAUUCCCGCUCACGGAUCAAGGACGUAGUGUCACAGCUACCAGAGGACAAAGCAACAGAAAAUGAAAAUGAAACAAGCAGCAACAAAGCAACAGCAGGUUAAAGAGAAUAACCCCACAGUGACUCUGAGCCUGAACGCUAUAUCCCUCUGAAGCUCUGAUUUCUGAAAGACUUGAUUUACCAUAUUAUUUAAUUCUAUCAAAAAACAUGCUUAUCUAUUAAGAAAUGUUUUGUAACAUAUGUAUGUCUUCAAUUUUGUUAAAUGUUGAACAGGUCAUAUUAACAUGUUUCCUAGAUACUUCUAGAGAUGUGGAGGAUUCUUUUUUUUUACAUUAAAUAAAAUAGAGGAAACAAUAUUUCUUUUGUUUGAUUGUGUUGCUGUUUCACAAAUUGAUCCUUUUUUUUUAUUCACAGAGAAGAUAGAAACCUGACAUUAGAGAAAAGUGGUUUGAGCCAUCUGUACAGGUUAUGGUAAAUAAAGUUAAAUCAGGCUCUUGUGGGAAUGUAGAUGAGGUUAAGCACUGUCUGUGUUUGUACUCCACCAAAUGUUUUGAGUGACUUUUCUGACUUUGUUUUAAAUCAUUUAUAAGACCGCUGUAAUGUUUAGACUGGAUUUGUCUUGUUAAACUUUAAAGAACCAUCUGAUCCCUACUGGGGCUUAAAGUCUCUGGUUGUCAUUUGUCAGGCUGUCUGUGUAACCUUUGACUUUAGCAACACUAAGGGUUUUAGUUAAUCAAAUUUCAGGUCUGAAAUUUAAAGAACAUAUUCUACAACCUUUGAUGCAGUGAUGGGGGAAAACUGUAAAUAUUCAUUAAUUAGUGAAAACUUCAUUAGAAUACAUGUACGUUGUGCGGAAAUUGUCUGCUCAUCAGGGGGAAGAGUCUAUUGUAUUGGUGAAAAGCUGUGAGUUAUGGAAUAGUCUCAAAGUUACAGUGGCACAUAAUUGAAAUAAAAAAACUGGAAGUUGCCAAAUGAA